CCGAACCGAGCCCAUGGCCCGAGCGGGGCCCGAGCAGGGCUACAUCCGCACCGUGCUGGGCCAGCAGAUCCUGGGCGAGCUGGACAGCUCCAGCCUGGCGCUGCCCUCCGAGGAGCGGCUGAAGCUGUCGGGAGAUCGCGCCGGGGAGGAGAAGGCGCUGCGGAUCCAGCGGCAGGUCCAGCAGACGCUGGCCAGGAAGAGCCGGGGCUCACUCUACAAUGGCAGCCUGCACCGUGCAUCCAGUGUACCAGAGCGUGUCUACAACAUGGGCAUCACUGAGAAUGAUUCUGCACCAAGGUCUCCCUACAGCUUCUCAUAUUACCAGGCAAACCAGGUUGGCUCCCCAUCCUCUUACACCAACGGCUGGGGGACAAGGAUUGCCUACAGGACGAUGGAGGAGAGAGCUCAAAGGCAGCCUCUGAAGAGACUAGAGGUUUCACCCCAGCGAAACCCGGACAGGUUGGCCUACAUACCCAAGGAUUAUCUCUACGAUGGAGGGAUCUCAGCUGGGCUGUCCCUGAGGCACGGAGGAGACGUCCUGAGGUGCAGCGGGACCGUGCCGCCGCGCUACGCGCGCUCCGAGAUCGUGGGGUACAGCCUCCGCGACUCCGUGCACAGGGGCCGCUCCUUCAGGAGGCACUCCCGCCUGGGGGCUGCCAGUGAUGCUCUCCUGGACGGUGCCUACCCCAGCCCCGCUGUCCCUCUGCACCACCAGCCUGGCAACAGCCGCAGCAUGAGCAACCUCCUGGAGAAGGAGAACUACCUGGCCUCGGAGAGCGCCGUGGGACAAGUGCGGUCCCCGGCCGCGUCCCGCUUGUCGCAGAACCGGCACUCUGUGAGGUCCAGCUUCUACCAAACCGCCUUCAGAAACACCCAGAGCAGGAGGGAGGUUUCCCAGCCAGCUUCCAUUGGCAGUGUGACCGCAGAAACGGAUGGGAAGAGGAUGCCAGUGACAGCUGCCGUGGCCGCAGCGGGGAGGAAUGGGUUCCUGCAGAGCGAGCAAGUGACCCUCAAUGGAUCUCAGCUGGGGAGCCCAGAAGUGGAGAUGACCCUGGAGCGGGCAGUGAGCAUUCUGAAGAGUGAAAAUACCCAGACCACCCCCAGGAUCCUCGCUGCAGUGACUUUCAUUCAGCAUGAGUGCUUCCAAAAAGCAGAUGCCAGGAGAAAAGUUUUCUCACUCGGUGGUAUCCCCAAGCUUUUGCAGCUCCUUGAGGUUCAGAAUGAGGACAUUCAGCGGGCAGCCUGUGGUGCUCUGAGGAACCUGGUGUUUGAGGACAAUGACAACAAGCUGGAAGUGUCGGAGCAGAGAGGGAUCCCGCUGCUGCUCCGCCUGCUCCGGCACACCCGGGACACAGAGACCAAGAAGCAAAUCACAGGUUUGCUGUGGAACCUGUCCUCCAAUGACCAGCUGAAGCACCUGCUGGUCAGAGAAGCCCUGCAGACCCUGACUGAGGCUGUCCUCAUCCCCCACUCGGGCUGGCCAGACAGAGAUUACCCAAAAUCCAGUGUUCUGCCUGACCCUGAUAUCUUCUACAAUGCCACAGGAUGCCUGAGAAACAUGAGCUCUGCUGGCCCAGAAGGAAGGAAGAAGAUGAGAGAAUGUGAGGGCUUGAUUGAUUCUCUUGUCUAUUAUAUCCAAGGAGCCAUUGCAGACCACGAGCCCAAUGACAAGGCCACAGAGAACUGUGUGUGCAUUCUACACAAUCUUUCCUACCAGCUAGAGCUAGAGCUCCCUGAGAGCUAUGCCCAGAGCAUAUAUGUGCAAAGAAGAAAUAUUUCUAACAAUGAUAAAACACCAGGCUGUUUUGGAACACGGAGCAGAAAAGUAAAAGAGAAGCAGCAGGACACCCCGCUUCCUGAGGAAAAGAGCAAUCCCAAAGGUGUUGAGUCGCUCUGGCAUUCUACCCUGAUUAGGAUAUACCUCUCCUUAAUAGCAAAGAGUACCAGAAACUACACCCAAGAAGCAUCCCUGGGAGCUCUCCAGAACCUCACAGCUGGCACUGGACCAAUGCCAUUGGCAGUGGCCCGCACUGUUGUUCAAAAGGCCAACGGGCUCCCGAGCAUCCGCGCCAUGCUGCACGUCAGCCACCCCGCCGUGAAGAAGACAGCGGUCUCCCUGCUCAGGAACCUGUCCCGAAACCCCUCCCUGCAAAAUGACAUAGCCAGAGAAGUCCUGCCUGACCUGGUGUCCAUCCUGCCCGAGGGUGUGCCAGGCUGUGAGGUGGCCUGUGAAACCACAGCAUCCAUCUGCUACACCCUGUUCAACCUGACCCAGGGCAGCUCGCACAACGCGCGGCUGCUGCUCAGCGCCCACGGCCUGCCCAAGGUCAUUGCCAUCAGCAUCAACGACAGCAAUAUGUUCAGCAAAGCCAGCAGGGCUGCUUCAGUGCUCCUCUACUCCCUGUGGUUACACACCGAUCUCCACAGUGCCUACAAAAAGGCUGACUUCAAGAAGGCAGAUUUUGUCAACAGCAGGACCACAAAAGCCUACAACUCACUGAAAGAUUGAAUUUCCAGAGCACAGCACCAGGAGAACAGCAAUCCUACACUUCACAGGGCUGGUGUCACCAGCAUGAUCCACAAAGCAUCUCAGAAAAAAAGGAGCUGAUUUGCUAUAAAGACUUGAGUGGCUUUUUUGAGUUUUUAAUCCUCAUCACAUCGUUGUCACUGACAGCAUCAACACCAGUAUAUCAACAUCAAUACAAAUGUCAGUACAAGAAUAACCAAAGAUAGAUUCUCUGGGAUGGCUGAGGUGAAGUUUCAUCCAGGUUUAGCAGGAGUCAGAGCUCCAGGUGACUGCCUUUGUUCCAUACAGAGGAGUUUGAAAUGCUGGUGGGCAGCAGAUUCUUUUCAGACUGUUUUAUACCAAAAGUUUUCUACGGUGGGUAAGCAUCAAGUGCACUGCGCAGAAUUUAGUCGUUUUCCACUAUUUUAUUUCUUCACACAGCUGAAUAAGAAUCUCCAGACUCUAUGAGUAUGCACAAGAAGCUGUUUCACUACAUGAAUUAUAAAAGCACCAAUGAAGUUAAAAUUACUAUUUUUGUAUUGCUUAUUUUCAUGGGCUCACUGGUUCUUAAGCUUCUUUCCUUUGAGAUUUCAUCAGCAACAGCAGCAAAACUGAUUUUACAUAGUUCUUACCAUCCCUUGCUCCUCUCAUCCUCCCUCACAUGGCUGUUGCAUUUCACAACUGUGUCCUGAAAGGAUUUUAACUAGAACCACUAGGUUUAAGGCACUGUAUUUCAGACACUUUGGGCUGAACUCAAUCUCAUCAUUCUUUGCUAGUUGGUGGAGAAAUUAUUUGUGGGUGUUUCAAUUAUUAUUUUAAGAAAAUUGCAAUUUCAAACAAUUCUGUUGAUAAUCUAUAUAUAAUAAAGGGAGUGGAGUCUUGCCUUUA